AUGUCUCUCCCCGUCGACACCAUCGAUACCGAUAACCACGACUUCGAGUUUGCCCAGCGUGGCCUCGUGGCCAAAUUGAACAAUCCGCGCAUCUAUGACUCGAACAACAACGUUGUCUGGGAUGCUAGUGCCUACGACUUUAUGCAGCAAGAUUGUCCCCCGACCGCCAACAAGUCUCUGUGGCGACAGGGCCAGCUCUGCAGCGCGACGGCAGGUCUGUAUGAAGUCGUUGACGGCAUUUAUCAGGUCCGCGGGCUUGACCUUGCCAAUAUGAACAUUGUUCAGAUUCCUUCAGACAAAAACAAGAUCAUCAUAAUCGACUGCUUGACAUCUGUGGAAACCGCAAGUACAGCCAUUCAGCUCUACCAGGACUACCACAAGGGGCGAUUCCAACGCCAAGCGGAGAUUGUUGCCCUCUUUUACACUCACAAUCACGUGGACCAUUUCGGAGGCGCCCAAGCUAUCGUGGACCUGGCUGGCAAGGAUCUCCGAAUUAUCGGUCCCGAUGGCUUCCUUGAACAUGCCGUUAGUGAGAAUGUAUACGCCGGGGCGGCCAUGUCUCGACGGUCCAUCUAUAUGUACGGGGAGGCCUUGCCAAAAUCUCCUAAUGGUCAGAUCGGCUGUGGCCUAGGCCAGGGGCUGUCAACAGGACGUAGCUCGUUGGUGGCACCUAACCAGAGCAUCACCCAGGACGGUGCCCUAAAUCCCGGCAUUAAAGAGCUUGAAAUUAUCUGCCAAUUAACUCCGGGGACGGAGGCGCCUGCCGAAGUGAACUUUUACUUUCCGGCUUAUAACGCCCUAUGCAUGGCGGAGAACGCAACACACACCUUGCACAACAUCCAGACGCUGCGAGGUGCGCCGGUUCGUGACGCCCGACUCUGGUCUCGCUAUCUCGACGAGUCCAUCUCCCUGUUUGGACACAAGUCAGAUGUAGUCUUCUCCAGUCACCACUGGCCUACAUGGAAGCACGAUAGCGCGGGCAGUGGCAUUCAGGACGAUCACGUCGAAAAGCCGCACAAUUUGAUUGUGACUUUUCUGUCGGAACAACGUGACUACUACGCCUACCUUCACAAUGAGACCCUGCGCCUGCUGAACAACGGCAGCACCCCCGUUGAAAUCGCAGAACAGAUCAAGACUCCGCCCAAUCUGAGCCUUCGGACCAACCUGCGCGGCUACUACGGCUCAGUUAGUCAUAAUGUCAAGGCCAUUUACGAUAAAUACAUGGGUUGGUUCGAUGGCAACCCUGCAAAUUUAUGGAAACUCGAACCGACUGAUGAAGCGGUUGAGUACGUGAAGUGCAUGGGUGGGCCAAAAGUUGUUCUGGAAAAGGCCAAGGCAUACGUCUCCGAGAACAUCGACUCAAAGCUACGAUUUGCAGCCACUCUCUUGGAUAAAUUAAUCUUUGCGUAUCCCGAUAACGUAGACGCAAAGAAUGAACUGAUAUCUGUUUACCAAAAGCUCGGACAGAGCGCAGAAAAUGGAACCUGGCGCAACAUAUAUCUUACCGGAGCGUACGAGCUGCAAAAUGAACCGAAGCCGGCCGUCAACACCAUGACGCCGGCGUCCCUGAUGGCGCUCAAUCUAGAUCAACUUUUUGACACAAUGGCUAUCCGUAUCAACGGCCCAGAGGCGUUUGCCUUUGAAGGCAAAAUCACGAUUGACUUCAUGGUGGAAGAUAUGCCGCGAAAGUCGGUCCAAGGAAAAGGUCAGAUCGGGUGGCACAUGAGAUUGAGCAACGGCGCCAUGACGGGGCACGAGAUUCCCUAUGUCGCGUUCAAGGACCUCAAGGACAGCAAAUCGGAUCUGACAGUCUGGCUGGCGCACGAGACUCUGGUCACGGCUGUCGGGAUCGCCGCGGCGGGCAAGAAGCCUGAGAUUACUGCCUACCAGGUCGUGACCUCGGGGGAUGUCGGAGCGUGGGAAAAGGCCAUAGCCUUCAUCCAGGUGCCUAAGAGUGCAUUUAACAUUGUGACGCCGUGA